AUGAAAGGCCUCGCUCUCCUCGGAUUGGCAGUGCCCUCCGCCAUUGCACUAAACAUCCCCGCACAACAGAUCCUCUUCUCCGAUAAAGGCGGAUUCCGCAAUGAGCUUGUUGAGCCCUCUGGGCGGGAAACCUGCCCACAGGCAUCGAAAGUCGCUGCCCCGCACGAUGGUCUGCACUCGUCGCUGAUAUUCUUGGAAGAUGAGGCAUUCCGUGCUCGCCAGGCGCAGCGUCUCUCGAGGGCGGUGCAGGUGCCCACCACCGUUGGAGACUAUGCGACGGACCCGUAUGAUGAGGCAUUUGAGCCAGUUGUGAAGUUCCAGAAGCUGUUGGAGCAAAUGUUCCCACUAGUACACAAGCACGCCGAGAUCGAGCAUAUCAACCGACUCGGCCUCGUAUUCACUUUCAAGGGCGCCGAUACCACUCGCAAGCCUGUUCUCUUCAUGGCCCAUCAGGAUGUGGUGCCAAUUGCUGACGCGUCGGACUGGACGUACCCGCCAUUUGAGGGUCAUUUCGACGGAGAAUGGAUCUGGGGUCGCGGCUCAAGCGAUUGCAAGAACGUAUUGAUUGGCCUGCUAUCGUCAGCGGAAGAUCUGCUCUUGCAGAACUGGCAGCCGCAGCGUACUGUAGUGUUUGCCUUUGGUUUUGACGAGGAGUCUCACGGAUUCCUGGGUGCUGGCUCGAUUGCCCCGGCACUGGAAGAGAAGUAUGGCAAGGAUAGCUUCGAGUUCGUCCUGGAUGAGGGUGGCAUGGGAUUGCAGAGCCUGGGCGGCGAGUCAGGCUCCAACGACGAUAUCGUUUAUGCUCUGCCCGGAGUUGGGGAGAAGGGCAGUCUUGACCUGAUCCUCGACCUGGCUGUUCCUGGCGGCCACAGUUCCGUUCCCCCAGCUCACACUGGUGUUGGUAUCAUGUCCGAGAUAAUCUACCAGCUUGAGCGCCAGGAGCUUUUCUCUCCCUGGUUGGAACCCUCCCACCCAUCGUACGGCAUGCUCGAAUGCCAGGCUCGGUACUCCCCUGAACAAGUUGAGUCGUGGUUGGCUGACAAGUUGGUGGAGGGAGACCCGGCGGCGUUGGGAGAAGCCGUGGCUGCCUCUCGCGGUCCCGCAGUUCGCUACACUCUGCAAACCUCGCAGGCAGCAGAUCUGUUUAACGGUGGCGUCAAGACGAACGCUCUUCCCGAGAAGAUCUCCGCUGUCGUCAACUACCGAGUCGCUCUGCAUAUGACCCCCGAUCAACUACGUGAACGUGCUCUUCGCAUCAUCGGCCCCAUCGCCGAGAGCCACAAUGUCACGGUCUAUGUCGACUUCCCUGGAGAAGAAACCAUUCGCGGCGAGAAGCCAGAAGAUCGCACUCUGACUCUAUCACCACUCAGUGUGCCUCUCAAGCCGGCCCCGAUCUCUCCAACUGAUCCCCUCACCUCAAAGGUCUGGGCUCGCUUUGCGGGUGUUGCGCGCAGUGUCUUCGAGUCGCACCCCAACCCUCUCGCUAAGUCGAAGGGAAAGCCCCAAUCUUCUCCGACUGUGGUGGUGACUGGUGAUAUCAUGACUGGAAACACCGAUACGCGCUUCUACUGGUCUCUCUCGGAGAAUAUUUAUCGCUGGAGUCCGUCGCGCGUGGGUGGCACGUUCAAUAUUCACACGGUUGAUGAGCGCAUUCAUUUGGACGUUCAUCUAGAGGCUAUGAUGCUGUAUUAUGAUCUGAUUCGUUCCUUCGAUGACUGGGACGAGAGCACCCAGUAG